AUGGGCGCCGUCCUUCAGGCGUCGUACUUUGACACGAAACGCAAGGUCAUCGUCGAGAAACCGUCGGCAUCCGCGGUCGCGAGUGGAGACUUGAAGAGGAUAUCCGGCCGAGACAUCCUCACCAAUGAGCAAGUUAACGUGGUGUCGGUACAUGGCUGA